AUGGAAGAUUCAGCCAACUUUCCGGGCGUUCCUCUGCCGCAAUUCGAAGGCAGACUUUUUAUUUACGUGGAUUACACCUCUCAAUACUCUAAAUACGCCGGAUUCGGUAUAUUCUUCGGCUUCUUUGCCGCAGAAAUUAUCUCAAUUGGCUGUGUUUACCUUAUUCUCCGACAACUUGAAGCCAAAAAAGCCAGUUUCUCCAAAGCAACGUACAAACUUCAUCGACAACUGACGAUUGCGUUGGGCGUUCAGGUAAAAGAAAUUUACGCCAUUGGAAGGUUGGAAUCAAAUUUUCUUUGGCAUGAGAGCUGUUCGAAGUGGGACGCUUUGAUUUUUUUUAAUUGGACGCAAGUUGGGGUUUGGCCAUGAGCUAAUUUUUGAAAAGUUAACUUUACGCCUUACAUGCACAGCCGAGAUAUUCAACUAUGUUUUCCGACAAGAGAGUGUGCAAAAUGCGGAGAGUCAGAAAGAAAAACUUUUCUUGGCCAUCCUUCUGCCAGCUUUGCACAAAAAAAUCGAGUUUUCGUACGGCAACGUUCUUAGAAAACAGGCUAAAAGUUUCCACAUAUAAUCUCAAAAAAAAUUGAAUUUACACCAUUAGAAUCUCGGUUGUUUCUCCGAACUUUGAGCUGUUUCAGAAAAAAAAUUUAAUAACUUUUUUGCCAACUUUUAUUGAACGCUCUUUCCUGCAAAUUAACAGCUAUUUUUCAGCUAUCAACUCCAUUUCUUUUUAUCAUCGCUCCGGUUACGUACGGAAUAAUCGCGACUUACAUCAAACACGAAACUAACACCGUGGUUGGUCGACUUUUCAUGGUCUACAUUGAUCUUUACGGGGCUUCCAAUUCGAUCAUCACCCUCUACUUUGUCAAGCCAUACCGAUUGUUUAUAAUUUCGAAAUUCAAAGAGGUUGUGAAAUUAAUUUCCUGCGGCAAAUAUGGCAAUGUCCCCGAGACAAUUGCUGUGCUGGCGCCGGAGAGCACAGUGAUCUCAUCGCUGGCGUAG